CAGUCGUUACAUAUAGUUAAACGAUGGUUAACGUUGUUGAUGUGAAUCCGCCUUGUCGCGAUGUCGCGGGCCGCCCUGCAUAUUCAAAUUCCGCCCCAAGCACAGUGUAGCUUCGAGCUACGGCUAGGGCGGGCGGAUUAUCGCAAACCGCGUUUACAUAAAAUCUUUAUAAGUAGAUUGUCAUACAUUUCCAUCUUUCCUUGCUAACAGAAAUGUAGUUUUAAAGUAGUCGUUGAGUUGUUUGUGGCUAUUUUGGUAAUUUAUCGAUUGUAAUUUUAUAGAUCAAAAUAACUUAGGAUGAAGUAUACCCAUGAGAUCAAAACAUUUUGCCAAAGAAGUUUGUCUAUUUAUUAGCGCUCGUGAUGGACUCUAGUAAAAUUUUGCUAAUCAACAACGCUGAUAAAAAGAUAAACUCCUGUCAAGGAACGUACAAAAACUGGUCAAAAGCCUACCAUGUUGCUACUCGUAUGGUGUGUUUUGGCUUGCAUCGCGCCGCUCCUGGCCAAAAGCUGCGAGCGAGCGCCGCUACACGCGCAGCCUGCAGACACCUUCUACAAGUUGGGGGUGGCGGGAGACCCCGACUUGUUCCUGCCCGGGGAACUCUAUACAGUGUCCUUACAAGGCAUCGAUAGUGGGCAAGGUCCAACGCCGUUUAUAGGAUUCGUGAUCUGGGCGGAGCUGGAGGAAGAGAAUGAGAACAAAACCGAGUCUCCUAAUUUACAUCAACUUGGCGCGUUCCAAGCGUACGACGCCCAAGCGAAGCUUUACGAAGCGUGCGAGCCCGCUGUCACCAACGCGACUUCGCAUCCAAAAACCGAAAUACAAGUAUUAUGGACGGCACCGUCGGGCACUGCGGAUCUGUGCGUGCGGUUGUGCGUGCGCGCGACGCAAGCUAACGCCGCGGCGCCGACGGUGCUCGCACGCAAGCUAUGCCCCGCCCCCAUCGCGACGCUCAGCCUGCCGCGCCAGCCGCCCAUCGUCGAGCCCUGCUGCGCCUGCGAUGAGGCUAAAUAUGAGGUAACAUUCGAAGGCAUGUGGUCUCGGAACACGCACCCGCGCGAGUUUCCGCCGGAGAGCGCGCGCGCGCACUUCGGCGACGUGAUCGGCGCGUCGCACACCGCGCAGUACCGCGUGUGGCAGGAGGGCCGCGUCGCCAGCGCCGGCCUGAGACGACUGGCCGACGACGGCAUGACUACUGCGCUAGAGAAGGAGUUGAAAGCCGAGAGCGAUCACAUCCGCACAAUAAUCAAGGCUCGCGGCAUAUCGUGGCAGCAGAUAGCUGGCGCGGGGACGCCGUCGACGUUCGCGGUAUUCCGCGUUGACGCGAAGCACCACCUGAUGUCGCUAGCAGCAAAACUCGCGCCGUCGCCUGACUGGAUAGUAGGCGUGUCGGCGCUGGAGCUGUGCAACGCCAACUGCACGUGGCGUCGCGCCGCCACGCUGCCGCUGUACCCGUACGACGCGGGCACGGACAGCGGGAUCACGUAUACGUCGCGUCGCCAACCGUCAAUACCUGCGGCGCCGGUGCGCGCGCUGCGUCCGGACUGGCCGCGCGACGCCCGCUCGCCGUUCUACGGCGCGGGGGAAAUGCGUCCGUUCGCCCGCCUGCGACUCAACCGGCUGCGGCUGUACGAGAAGAGCUGUGAUGCUUCAGAGUCAGCGGGGGAGACGGUGGGCGAGGGGUCGGCGUGCGCGGUGCACGCGUGGGGCGCGUGGGGGCCGUGCAGCGUAUCGUGCGGGGCGGGGCGAGCGGCGCGCCAGCGGCACUACGUGUGGCCGGCACGCGCGCGCGCCGACGCCUGCCGCCUCCAGCUGACAGAGUACCGCGCUUGUCGGGGACCGAGGAUGCACUGCAGGGUGCAAUCGGAGUACGAACCGGAACCUGCUGUAUCGGCGGGACCGUGCGCGUUAUCUGCGUGGUCGGAGUGGUCACCGUGCGAGGGGUGUGGCGUACGCGCGCGCACCCGCCACUACCUGCGGCCGCGCGCGCACAAGCGCUGCAGCCGCGGAUACCGCGCACGCACUGUCAUGAGCCAGGCGCGCCCGUGCGACGCUGGACCCUGUUUCAAGCCACCUGAUGAUUUUGCAAAUGCGACAAAUUUCGACUGGUUCUAUAUUGACAACCCGCGCGGCUCGUGCCCUACUGGUCCGUGGGGCGAGUGGUCGGCGUGCGCGGCGCGGUGCGGGCGCGGGCGGCGGUUGCGUACGCGCCUGCUGUUAGCUCCGGCGCCGCGUACGCAGCACGCACUCACGCGGCGCCUGCUCGCCACGUGGAAUAAGAUCUUCGCGCAGCUGCAAGGGCUGGAAGUUGCGGACGUGAACGCGACUCAUGACGAGCCGGAGGUGGAGGCGCUGGUGGAGCAGCACCUGGAGCUCUGCCAGUUCACGCUGACGCAGCAGGAGGCGCUGUGCGACGGCGACGACCCCGACUGCGCCAACGACACCGUGUCCAGCGACGACUGUAGCAUGCCCGUGUCGGUCGGCCACUGUCGCGGGUACGACGAGCGUUGGUUCUACGACGUCGAGUGGCGAGUGUGCGAGCCGUUCGGCUACACCGGCUGCGGCGGGAACAAGAACAACUACAAGAGCAGGGAGGCCUGCGAGGCCGCCUGCGGGCAUAACCACACAUAUUCCGCAGCAGAAACAACAGAGUCGGCGGAACCGACGGCCAAACGCAUGAAGGCGACUCCCUCGAGCGCUGACAACGAGGUGAUGCAGAACGAUGGUCCGAUAGAACAGGCGGACUGCGAGACGGGUCCUUGGCUGGGAUGGAGCGAGUGUUUCGGUAGCUGCGACGUCGCCGUCAAACUCAACUAUCGUUUGAUACUGCGUCCCGCAACAGGUGGUGGUCGGGCGUGCCACAAGGUGGUGAAAAGCCGUUCUUGUCGGCCCGCGCACUGCAAGCGCUCCAACACUACCGACACUCAUCAUGACGACUAGGACUAAGUAAUGUAGGUAGUUGGAAUUUCGCAAUAAAAUCUUAGUUAUAGGUGAUUUUAUAUAAUACAGAUAGACGAGCCCUGGUACGAGCCCUGGCAUAUAAAGCGUUUUGUCGUCGUUUAUCCAUCAAUAUAGAUGGGAAAAGGCCCGAGCGUUUCUAAAUUACGGACGAUUUAAAUACAGUUUUCUCUAAGCGAAGUGAAUCUUUAACUCUUUAAUCCUUCGAAUCUAUUGUUAUUCUAUUGUAUCUCGCUCACCGGUGAGCUUGAUGGGUUAAAUAUAUACUGUAGUGCCUGGCAAUUUCUUAUUAAUUAUUGCCGGAGGUAUAAUGACAAUUGAUAUUAUGUCUUCUUGUUUGUAAAGUGAAAAUU